AAGAAAGGCGCCUAAAUCUGAAUCCAUGAUCCAUCCAAAUUCGGCAACAAAAUCCAAUCAGACGAGUAGGAGUAGGAGUAGGAGUAGGAGUAGGAGUAGGAGUUGGAGUAUGACCAGUUCCAAAGUUGGGUCUGAAAGACCAAUCUAGAUUACCAAAUCUGCAAGUAUCCUUACUUACACGUGCGCCAACAGCAGCCGUCGAUCUCCCAACUCUCUUAUGAUACCUUCCCCUAUAUAGGUGACCGAAACCCUUUUUUGGGGCCUCUUUCCGUCGCUACCGCGAGAAUCCACACACACAUUAGGGAUUUGGUUUCUGAAAAAUCAGCAGAUAUCAAGAAAGAAGAGGAGCUGGCUAAAGCCCUCUCGCCUCCAACGGCCGAUCUAUCGAAUAAAGUGUGAGGAUUAUGGAGAGAGAGCUGGUGGAAUUGUUCGAAGCAGCGAAGAAAGCGGCGGACGCUGCGGCCUCCGCUGACGGAGGGUCCGAGGAAAGUCGAUGCCUCGAUGCCUUACGCCAGCUCAAGGAUUUUCCUGUCACUUAUCAAGUUCUUGUCUCCAGCCAGGUUGGGAAGCGUCUUCGACAUCUGACAAAGCAUCCUAGGAAGAAAAUCCAAUCGUUUGCUUCUGACCUGAUGGAGAUAUGGAAGGACAUUGUUAUAAAGGAAACAAACAAAAACAAGAAAAGUGAAAACUUGGAUGAUAAGAAUUCUGUCAAAGUUGAGUCUGUAAAUGCACAGACUGCCAAGGCCGAGAAGGAUCAGAAGACAUCUUCCAUCAAGGUUGAGAAGGUUUCAAAGGCUGAAAGCAUUAAGGUUGAGAAAAUUUAUCAAAAUGGUAUGCCAAGCAUGGAGAAAGUUUCAAGGCCAGAUGCUGUCAAGACAGGGAGAAAGGUUUCAAGUGUUGAUGUUGUCAAGGUUGAGAAAACUCAUUCAGCUGAGAAUGUCAAGGUUGAAAAGAUAACCAAAGAGGAGAAGCAAGCUUCUGGAGUGAAGAAACCAUUGCCGGGCCCUGGUGCUCCCCCAAAGCUGACAUCAAUGAUUAAAUCUAAUGAUGCCACACGGGACAAAGUACGAGAAAUUCUUCAUGAAGCUUUGUCUAAAGUUUCUGGUGAGGCUGAGGAGUAUAUUCAGGAGGAAGUGAGUGCAUGCGACCCUAUUCGAGUUGCUGUUUCUGUAGAGUCUGUUCUGUUUGAGAGAUGGGGCAGUUCUCUAGGGGCUCAAAAGGUUAAGUAUAGAUCUUUAAUAUUUAACCUUAAGGAUGCUAACAACCCAGAUUUUCGAAGAAGGGUACUUCUUGGACAUGUCAAACCAGAGAGGCUUAUCAACAUGAGCACAGCAGAAAUGGCAAGUGAUAAGAGGCGACAUGAGAAUCAAAAGAUUGAAGAGAAAGCAUUAUUUGACUGUGAGCGUGGAGCGCCACCCAAAGAGACAACUGAUCAAUUUAGGUGUGGUCGAUGUGGGCAGCGCAAAUGCACCUACUACCAAAUGCAGACGCGGAGUGCUGAUGAGCCAAUGACAACGUACGUAACAUGUGUAAACUGCAAUAAUCAUUGGAAAUUCUGUUAGUUUUAGUCUCUUACCAGCUGCUAGCCAUUUUUUAUUGGUUACCAUCAUGAGAUAAUUUAUGAAGCCGCUUAUGAUAUUUAUGUGAAGAAACUAUGAAUGUAGAAUUUUAUUGUUGUUUUUGUAGGACUGUUAGGUUUUAGUUGUCUGGAAUUGGAUCAACGGGUUUAUUUGGUUCACCAUUUACACGUUUGCUCUUUGUAUGGAUGUUUCUCUAUGAAUUGGAACAAAAUGUAUGCUAUAACUCUGGGUUUGCCUA